AUGCUUGCCCUCGUUUGCGUGGUGGCGGUAGCGGGGGGGCAAAGCGGCGGCGGCGCCGCCGCCGCCUCAAGCGCGUCGCCGGCGCCCUCCCCCGACUGCUCCGCCGCUGUCGCCGGCCUGAUGGACUGCCUCGACUUCGUUCAGAACGGGAGCCGGGUGGCGGCGCCGCCGGGAGGCUGCUGCUCGGCGCUGAAGAAGGUGGUCAAGACGGAGGCAUCGUGCCUCUGCGAGAGUUUCAAGAGCAGCGCCGACUUCGGGGUGGCCCUCAACAUGACGAGGGCCCUCUCCCUCCCCUCCUCCUGCGGGAUCUCAAUCCCCUUCCUCGGCGACUGCAAGAGUAAGGAGAAAACCUAA